GUAACAAAGGUAAAAUUAGAAUUAUUUAACGAGCAUCAAGGAGAUAUAUAUGACUUCUUUACUGCAAUGAAAAGAGGAGGAAUGUCCUUAGCUAGAAGACAUAUAGCUAGAGCAAAUAUUUCCAGAUUAGAAGA